GCUGUGCUGUAGGCAGAGCAGAGCAGAGCCCAGCCGAGUCCAUCCAAGCCGGGAGUGUCGGGGCUGGAGAGCUGCUGCCGCCUCUGCGAGCCGCGGGGCGCACAGACAGAGCGCAGGCAGGGCGCAGGCUGCGCUGCUUGGGGCGGGCGCGGCUCGCCUCCCUCGCCUCUCCGUGCCUCCCUCGCUCCCUCGCCUUGCCGGAGACAUGCAGGCGGAGUCGGGGAUCGUGCCGGACUUCGAGGUCGGCGAGGAGUUCCACGAGGAGCCCAAGACGUACUAUGAGCUGAAGAGCCAGCCGCUGAAGAACAGCAGCUCUGAGCACCCUGGAGCUUCGAAGCCCCCGCUAAGCUCCUCCAGUAUGACAUCACGGAUUUUGCUACGACAGCAGCUCAUGCGUGAGCAGAUGCAGGAGCAGGAGCGCCGAGAGCAGCAACAGAAACAGCAAGCAGCCCAGUUCAUGCAGCAGAGAGUGGCGCUGAGUCAGACACCAGCCAUCAACGUCAGCCUCCCAGCCAGUCUCCCUCCUGCUACUCAAGUGCCAAUGGAAGUCCUCAAGGUGCAGACUCACCUGGAAAACCCUACCAAGUACCACAUCCAACAAGCUCAACGGCAGCAAGUCAAGCAGUACCUCUCUACUACAUUAGGAAACAAGCACACCAACCAGGCGCUAAGCUUACCGUGCCCAAAUCAGCCAGGGGAUCAUAUUAUACCACCUGGCACUGGAAGCAGUGCACCAAACAGCCCAAUGGCCAUGCUUACGCUCAACUCCAACUGUGAAAAGGAGGGCUUUUAUAAAUUUGAAGAGCAAAGCAACCGGGUGGAGAAUGAAUGCCAGACUCUCAACACACAUUCUCGAGCAUCUUGCAUGCAGAUGGAUGAUGUCAUUGAUGACAUUAUCAGUUUGGAAUCAAGUUAUAAUGAAGAAAUAUUUGGUUUAAUGGAUCCUGCCCUACAAAUAGCAAAUACGUUACCUGUCUCCGGCAAUCUUGUGGACCUCUAUGGCAAUCAAGGCAUGCCUCCCCCCGGACUCAACAUCAGCAACUCUUGUCCUGCCAACCUUCCUAAUAUAAAAAGGGAACUCACAGCAUGUGUAUUUCCAACAGAGUCAGAGGCGAGAGCGCUGGCCAAAGAGAGACAAAAGAAAGACAAUCACAAUUUGAUUGAACGAAGACGGCGAUUCAACAUUAACGAUCGUAUAAAAGAACUUGGCACUUUGAUACCCAAGUCGAACGACCCGGACAUGCGUUGGAAUAAGGGAACUAUUUUAAAGGCCUCUGUGGACUACAUCCGCAAGUUGCAAAGAGAACAGCAACGUACAAAAGAACUAGAGAACAGACAAAAGAAACUGGAACAUGCCAACAGGCACCUUUUGCUCAGAAUACAGGAACUUGAGAUGCAGGCUCGAGCACACGGACUCUCUAUCGUGCCGUCCACGGGCCUUUGCUCGCCCGAGAUGGUGAACCGGCUCAUCAAGCAGGAGCCCGCCGUCGACAACUGCAGCCAAGAGGUCCUGCAGCGCCACCCCGACCUGUCUUGCACAACCACUCUUGACCUUACCGAUGGCACCAUCACUUUCAACGACAGCCUAGCCAAUGUGACUGAGUCAGCUGCCGGCACUUACGCUGUCCCUACGAAAAUGGGCUCCAAACUGGAAGACAUCUUGAUGGACGAUACCCUCUCUCCUGUCGGGGUGACCGACCCGCUCCUUUCUUCAUUGUCUCCCGGGGCGUCGAAAACAAGUAGCCGAAGGAGCAGUGUGAGCAUGGAGGAAUCUGAUCACGCUUGCUAGUGAAUGCAAAGUAGAAAGGCUCUUCGCGGACUUCUUUGUUUCUUGAUCAGUAGAUUAAGUAAUUUGCUCUGUUUUCUUAAUAACUAUCUUUUAAUAUAAAUCUUCAAAUAGCCCAGUGUAUGUGACUUUUUUAAUGUUUGCAGAGACUUGUAUAUUUUAUUUUAAAACUACCAAUGCUUCCAAAGUAUUGUACUGCAUCUGUGAACCAGAUUCGCCCAAGAGCUCCAAAGUGAGCUCAUGCUACUUGAAAGCAAUAGAGUUAGACUGAUCGCCAAGUCCAUGAUCCACAAAAGGUGAAACUUCCUGUAUAACUGUAAAUGAUACCCAUUGACGUGGAAAUGAAACGUAGGAGAAUGUAAAGAAACCAAAAAAAAAAAGGACUAGCUUUGUAAAACUUUUUUUUGUGUUGACUUAAUAGUGCCUCCUUUUAAAGAUACAGUACUUGUUAAUCCAAUUUAAUCUUUCCCAAGGCAUUAAAUAUAAUAUGUAUGUCAGCGGGUCACCUGUACAGAAACUAACUCACGGUGAUCUCAAACAAAGUACAAGCUAGAAUGAAGGAGGGAGAGACACAGAGAGAUAUUCAAUGACAUUGACAUGUGAUUAUUUUUGUUCUGGUCUCCGGUGAGUGGACAACCUUCAAAAUCAUGGUUCAGGGUUUGUUUUUUUUAGAAAUCACUUUUAAUCAUGGCAAGAAAUCUAUACUGGUGUUUUAACAAUGCAAGACUGGUGAAUAUUUCAAGCUCUUAACAAAAAAAAAAAAACUUAGUACCUUCUGUCAAUUGGAUAUAACCAAUUGGAUUUUGUUUAUUUUUUAAAAUUGCAUUGUACAGUUACCUGAUUUGCAUGAAUUUUUCACUUUUUUUUCAUUCUGAGUACAUUUGUAUUUUAUUUGUAAGAAUAUGCCUCUAGUUAUCACAAUGAUUUUAUUUUUAACAUUUUAAAACCCUGCAAAGGGGGUUGUUCUGCAUUCUUUGUACACACUUCAAAGCAAGCUUUUGUGCAGGUUCCUGUCUUUUCAAGAGUGGUUUUGUGACUAUUUUAUAUAUUACAGUCUCACUUGGAAUAAAUGUUUUGACACCGACAGAGCUUUAAAUCAUAGUACAGAUUUAGGUCUAGUUAACAAGACGGUGCUCUGUAUAAAAAAAAGGAAAAAGGAAAAAAAAAAAACCAACCCCAAACUUAACGUAUUUAUUUUUAGUGAUACAGGACAAAUAGAAAUAUGCUUGAGAAACACGGUUGCUAUAUCCUUUAGUGCGCUGUUAGAUUUUUCAGGUUCAAAGAGGAUUUUACUAUAUCUGCAGGUAUUAACUGUUACUUGAUCCCAACGUUGUCAAGUUUAACCAUGCAACAGUGUUGUUGUGAGAGCAUGUUCCGUGCAUUAUCUACUCCAGCGUAGUCCUAUGCAAUAACAGUAGUGAUACUUGUAUGAUUGUCAUGCCUAAAUACAGUGGUUGUGUGGUCUUACUAGUUGAGCAAGUGAUUGGCUUCCCGCCCUAGCAGCCACACAGCUGACUUGCAAAUGGCAGGGAAGCAUAUCUCAUUCAGAGUGAAGUGCCUUAAAUUUAGCCGUAGUCUCCGUGAACUAGCACUGACUGAAGUGUGUGACCUAAGACGGUUUGGGAGAAGGGGAUCACUGAUGGUGGCUGAUGGGUGGGGCACAGCGCUCGUGACCUGAAGCAAGAGCACCCAAAUCUUCACCCAAGCCUGUGCGAAUUCUGACACUAUUUCCAGACAUCCUGGACUUCUUUUCUGCUCCAACUUUGUUUCUGUGCUUUGGAAACCCGAGCUGUAGGCAGCUAGGGUGAAAGCAUGGCGACGAUCAGGAUAUGUUAUGGUAGACGAGUCUCAAAGGCAAACAGCUGCUGUCUAGUUUGGUUAAACAUCUGUGAAACCACUAAGGCCAAAUCAUGCUCCUUUGUAAGUGCACCACUAACUUGGGGGAGCAAGACCUGGGCCUCAUCUCUGCAACGCCAAGAAUCCACAUAGACCCGUCUUCCCUAAGCUGGCUCCCUCCAGAUGUUUUGGACUACAACUUGCAUCAACCAGCAUGGAGUUGUAGUCUAAAACACCUGGGGUGCACCAGGUUGGGAAAGGCCAUUGUAGACAAAAAAGAGAGAAAUAAUCAGAGGUGGGAACUCUGGUUUGAAGGAACAGGAAGGCAUUUUCUCCUAACCUCAAAAUAUAUUCCGGCUCAAUAAUUGCAUGUGGUAGGGGUCUCCCCUCCAAUUUGGCUAUUAUCUGGCCAGUGAUCACAGAUGGUCACAGAUGACUGUUAAUGUAGGACUCAAAAUUUGAACUGCCUUAGUGCUGACAGCACAAUCCUAACCAUGCCUGCUUGGAAGUAAAUCCAGCUAAAUGGGGCUUACUCCCAGGUAAGCGUGAUUGGGAUUGCAGUGUUAGCUUUCACAGCAAGUUAAGAAUCCCGAUCUGUAGCUUGACCUGGUCAAGUGGGUGUUUGGCCCAUCAUUAGCAAUGUGGUGCAAAUUACAGCUCAUGAAAGGUCUGUUGCCAUCUACAAGCAAUGGAGUACUUGUGGUCUUCCAGAUGUUCCAGCUCCCAUCUUACUAGACCUCUAGCCAUGCUAAUGGAGCUGGAAUCUAAGAACACCUGGAGGACUGCAGACCCCCAGUCCCUGAGGCAUACUAGCAGCUGGAAGCUAGUUAGAAUUUCAGUGUGGAAAGGAAGCUUAUUUCCCCACCCCCCCACCCCGAUAUGGGAGAACUGGGUUCAAAUUUUAUCCCAGCUAUAGUCUGCUUCAGUGAAGUCUUGAUCCUUAACAAUGCAAGUGGCUUGUAUCUUUAGAAGUAAAAAGUAGAGAACUACAGCUGUGUGUACCCUGUACAUAUUAGCUUUUCUAUAUCUUGGCUUCUUCUUUUUUACUUCAAUGCAAACCAUGUAAAAUAUGCACAAUAGGCAAGCUUACAUAUUUGCUUGUUUUGCACAAUCUGUUAUGUUUCAUUUGUCAUUGGAACAAGGUGUCCACUUUAAGUGGGCACGUUGAAGCUCAGACCUACCCACAUCCCUGCUCCUCAGAACACUGGACAUCCUUUCCCAGGCUUCAGGCAUUAUUUAUUUUUUCACACGGUCAAGCCUGUCUUUGCACAGCAAGGACUAGAAACUUGUUUUUAACUAUGAUAACAACAGCAGCCUAAGAUUUUUUUAGGUUGCUUUGUAUCAUGUUUAGGUGCCAUAGUCUGUGAUUGCAAAUACAAAGCCCUGAUUAUAGUAGUAAUAACAAUUCAGUUAAGAAAAGGUUUGUUUCCAGGGUUCAACUAAGCAGUGUUUUUGGAUAAAAAAAUAAAGGUUCAGUGUACCACUUGGGUCCUGAUAAAAUUGAACCCUACUCUGUGACUGAAUUGCAAGUGUGCUUUGCCAUGGCACAUCUGGAAAUGCAAACUUCCUAGUAUAGGUUUCUCUUGAAUCAGAUUUAUGGCUCUUUUCAGCUGGAUCAUGCAUUUCCAAAAUCCCUUGGGCUUUCUCAACAUUGCACAUCAACAUUCUCCUUGGUUACAUUGUUUUUCUCUCUCCUCAAAUUAUGUUUGGAGCACCUCUGUUUUCAAGGUGUAGUUUUCAUAUCACCCACAUCGAAAUCUCUUGGCGUGAGUAGGACUUCCAGAAUUGCAAGCUUGGAAUUAAAGUCUUGAAUGAAGCCGUUUUAUUUGUUUUAUUUCGAACCAAGAGCUGCAGAACUGACAGGCCUUAAGGUGUGGUGCUUUUACAGGGGAAGAGAUGCUGGAGACACUUGCUAAGUGGUAGGAAAUCAUGGAGUGUGUGGCUGCUCUUAUAUUUCUUCAAACCACAAUGAUUACACAAGCCCAGAUGCCCAAACCGGGGAGCGAGUCAUGACACGGCUAGCUAGGUACAUGGAGUACCAAGCAAUUUUAACUGUUGCCAAAACCGUGCAGGACAUAUUAGUGCCAUGAACAUGUUCCUUACUACUUUUAGAUAGAUAGAUAGAUAGAUAGAUAGAUAGAUAAAGCAAUAUUAACUCUGAUGCCUAUAAAGCCUUUAGGAAGCAUAUAUGGAGAAAAAUAAACAAAGCAAAGCACAAAAUAAUGCACUUACCAUUUUUAUUUUUAUUUUUUUGGACAUAAAAUGCACUGGUGAAAAAUGGAAAUUGAUGGUAUCAAAGGCCUCUGUAUCUUGAAAAAGUGACAUAAAUGACUGCCUCUUGUUCUGGAUGCUUAGUACCAUGCUGUUAGUGAUCUUUUCACCUGCUGUCGGCCACAGCAAUAAGUUGUGUAUGGUCCAUCGCACUGUAAAUUAUGGAUCAAUAUUAAUGUAAGCCAAUUAAAUAAUUUGAACUGUUCCUAAUAGAUGGAUUAAAGUGUUUGGUUUUUCGCA